AUGCUGUUGCUGGGCACCCUACUAAAUGCUGCAGGGUUGUUGAUUCACAGUAUUGACCGAAUGUUGGCCAUCAUUAUGCCGGUUUAUUACUACAACAAUAGUUUUAAAAUUAUGAAGCGUUUACUGUAUUUAUUAUAUGCAGUUGCCGUUACACCGACGCUCACAAUGUGUGGUUAUACACUUAUGCAGCCGUCGAGAAAUAUCAGCAUUCAGUGCAACGGCUAUAAUUAUUUGACGCCUUUUCAGGCAACUGCAGUGCUGUUGCUGGGCACCCUGCUAAAUGCUGCAGGAUUGUUGAUUCACAGUAUUGACCGAAUGUUGGCCAUCAUUAUGCCGGUUUAUUACUACAACAAUAGUUUUAAAAUCAUGAAGCGUUUAUUAUAUUUAUUAUAUGCAAUUGCCGUUACACCGACGCUCACAAUGUGUGGUUAUACACUGAUGCAGCCAUCGAGAAAUAUCAGCAUUCAGUGCAAGUAA